CUUCAACUCUUGCAUAUCGCCGCAUUGCCAUCUUUUUCCACCAAUUCCUUUCGUCUCUCACCAACUUGAAAGGUUUCACAGCUAUUAACUGUAACGCUCUUGAAAUCGCGUUCUCACCAACCGCGUUCUGUUCAAUCGUGCUCUCUGUCACCACACCGGUGCUUGUCGCGGGGCAAGAUGAAGCUCUCAUUUAGAGAUCUGAAGCAACAGAAGUUCACCAUCGAUGCCGAACCCACAGACACGAUCGCCCAGGUGAAGGAGAAGGUUGCCGCGGAGAAAGGAUGGGAGGCGUCGACUCAAAAGCUCAUCUAUGCUGGAAAGGUUUUGGCUGAUGCCAACACUGUGGAAUCCUACAAGAUUGAAGAAAAAGGCUUCAUCGUAUGUAUGGUCAGCAAGCCAAAAGCCGCGCCCGCUCCCAAACCUGCUGUCCCUUCUACUCCAGCCGCCUCUACUUCCACCUCCACCCCCGCCGCACCUGCUGCUCCCCCAAGCCAGGCAGCCGCUGCACCAAACCAGCCCUCUACACCCACGCCUGGCCAGGCAGCCGCUGCAGCACCUGCUGGCGGACCCGGCUUCAAUGACCCCUCGGCGUUCUUGAUGGGCAACCGAAAUGAGGCAACAAUUCGAGAGAUGGAAGCUAUGGGGUUCGAGAGAGCACAGAUUGAUGAGGCCCUUCGAGCUGCAUUCUUCAAUCCAGAUCGAGCAAUCGAAUAUCUCCUGAACGGUAUCCCAGAAAAUAUUCGAGCCGAGCAGAGACAACCUACACCUGCAGCUGGCGCCCAAGGUACUCCUGCUUCGCCUCCUGCAGCCCGGCCCGCUCAACCAGCACAGACCGGCGGAGACGAGCCUGUCAAUCUGUUUGAAGCCGCAGCGCAGGCCAACCAGCAAGGUCGUGGUGGUGCAGCAAGAAGUGGUGCAGGAGCUACCGCAGCCGGAGGUCAGGGAAAUCCACAGAUGGACCUUGCCUACCUACGGCAGAGUCCUCACUUCCAGCAACUGCGUCAAAUUGUCCAACAACAGCCUUCAAUGCUUGAGCCAAUCCUACAACAAGUCGCUGAAGGUAACCCACAACUAGCGCAGAUGAUCAGUCUCAAUCCGGACCAGUUCCUUCAAUUGCUUGCAGAGGGCCAGGAAGGUGACGAGGGUGCACUUCCACCUGGUGGGCAAGCUAUCAGUGUUACGUCAGAGGAACGCGACGCUAUCGAGCGACUCUGCAGACUAGGAUUUACUCGAGAUCAAGUCAUCCAGGCAUACUUUGCGUGCGACAAGAAUGAGGAGUUGGCGGCAAAUUUCCUUUUCGAGCAACCCGAUGAUGACGAGCAGCAAUGAGCAUAGUAUGCGGAACCAGGGGACAGGAUCAUCUGGUCUGAGGAAGUGAUGAGUUGCUGAUGCAAAGGUAUUGGGACCUUUUCAUCAUUCGGUCAACAGCAAGAUCCAUGACGCAAGACGGCCCAUCAUGCCCAAUUACAAAGGACCGGGGUUAUCGAUCAAUGACUGUUAUGAGAGCAAGCAAAUGCAGCCAACGAGUGAAAAACUGUGCUUGGGAUGCACGAUUCUUGAGAUUUCAGCGGAUGCAUUGUACUUAGGCAGGAUAGCUUAAAUCAUUCCCCAGGCCAAGUAACCCUCAAAGCAGAGCGCUUCGCUUAUGAUAACUAUAAGCAUCCUUCCGUAACAAGUUCUCAGCUUUGGCCUUCU